ACUCCAUUCCCCAUCAAGUCAUCAACCGCCCUCACCAUAAGGAGAGGAACGAGCUGUGCACCUGCAUUGAACAACACCCCAGACACUUCAAACACGACUUGAAGGAUAUCGCCAGGUCUUUCCUCCAGAACAAUAAUAAGCCCCCGUCUCGAAGCUCGUAGGAUCGAGCAACAGGUAUAUAUUAGGAUAAUCAGCAGGGGAACAAUCUCAUACUCACCCGUCUUUGUUCGUCUUUUAAACAAUUUUGCCAUUUCUCUUGUCCUCUGCAACCUGAGGAGACAGUUUUCAUUUUACUUUUUUAUUUUAUUUAUUUUUUCGGUGGGGGUUUAUUUUUGUUCACCUGCCGCCUGCAAAAAUCUUGUCCCACUUGGUUCUCCUCCGCGGCUCGGUGUCCCCACAUUGGCCAAGUCUGACAACCGCCCCAGGCUCCAGCAAAGCGCCAACAGGAGCAGCGCCUCAUACCCUUUGGGCUUUCACAUUCAGGCUCGACAAGAGGAGAAAGGAGAAAAAAACACCCCUGCUUUCUCCCCUCUCCCUCACUGCUUUUUCAGCUUCGUCGGGAGCGACGCACACACACACCUACACACUCAUCCAUUUAUUCAUCGUUCCGCCUCAUCAUCACCAUUGAUCAUCACAUACAACGAAAGGAUUAAAUUCUAGCAAUCAUCACGAUUACCAUCCUCUUCUCAAUCAUCACCACCAACCACCAUUACCCAUAGCCGAGGGUUCGCUGUUUUGUAGUGCUAUUGAUUUUUAUUUUAUUUUUAUUUUUAUCACGGGUUGUACCACCCUCCUUCCCAUUAAAAUAAAGGAGAAAAAAGGAAAACCAGAAAAAAUUUCCCCGAACGGCUGUCCUCGAUCGCGGUACAAAUCCGGCGGCGCCCCCCCCCUCGCCUCCACACUUUUCGUUUCCCUUUCCACCCCACGCUCUCCUGAGAUCAGCAGCCGGCUAUACUCUAUAUAACCCCGCGGGCCUGCUAACUUCUCCACACUUUUUUCUUCCUUCUGUUCGUCAUCUCUUCAUCACUCUUGUUGGGCGUGAAUCACAUGCAGCGAGGUUCUUCAGCAUCUAAUAUUGCGUCCCUUCUCCAUCAAUCCCCUCCACAUCCUUCACUUAGACCUAUGUCUUUUCACGAUCACGAACGAAGUCAUCAGGCGCUCUCUGCUCUCCUUCCUCCUCUUACGGGACCACAGGAUCCGAUGCAGGAUCAAAGGCCUGAACUUCCUCGUCCCUACAAAUGUCCCAUGUGUGAUAAGGCUUUUCAUCGUCUAGAACAUCAGACUCGACACAUUCGAACUCACACUGGAGAGAAGCCUCAUGGAUGCACAUUUCCUGGUUGCUCAAAACGGUUCAGUCGCUCCGAUGAACUUACUCGACAUUCCCGAAUCCACACAAAUCCAAACUCGCGAAGAAGUAACAAAAACCAGCAACAGGCCGCACUUGCUGCUGCCGCUCAGGCUGCCCAACACGAUCACUCCUCGAUAGGUUCGCCGGGCAAGAUGAUGCCUCCUCCGCCAAAAAUUAUCUCUAAGUCUGCUCCUCCUUCUCACGUUGGCUCACCGAACGUUUCUCCACCACAUUCGUACCAUGGAAUGCAUCAACCAUCCAUCCAUUCCGGGUUGACACCCUUUAGAACAUCAAGCAGCCCUUCGCUUAUGGGUGGUAAAUACAACUAUGGGUUGGAUUUGGGAUUCCUAGCACAAACGGCGUCUCAACAGCUAGAGCGAGAGAGGCAUCAUUACCACCAACACAACCAGCAUGGUCGGCCCUCUCUACCACCCUUCUCUCAUAGCGCACAGCCAAUGUCCCGGUCUCACUCCCAUGAGGAUGAUGAUCCAUAUAAUCACCACCGCUCGGUCAAGAAAUCUCGACCGAGUUCUCCUGUUUCUACCGCUCCAUCCUCUCCCACCUUCUCUCACGAUUCCUGUUCCCCAACCCCUGAGAGCACACCAUUGGCAACACCAGCACAGUCACCGCGUCUAUUCCCUCGUGAUCGUGAUGACUAUCAAAUGCAGCUUCCGAGCAUUCGGCACCUUUCGCUUAGACACGUCCCCGCUCUUGCACCUAUGGAGAUUGCUGACCCAUAUCACACUGGUGGCAACGUGUCCCAACCUUUGCAUCCCAACCACGGAAUCCGACUCGGUGAUAUCCUCAACCGCCCAGAUGGUUCACAGCGAAAGCUGCCGGUUCCUGCGGUUCCUCGGGUUGCAGUUCAUGAUCUUUUGAACGGAGGUGUCAGUGGUCUCGGUUACUCAUCUGCUUCAUCCUCUACAGCCAACUCCAUCGCUGGCGGGGAUUUGGCAGAUCGUAUCUGAGGAUUUGUUUUGGAUUCGUUUUCCAUUUGUAUUUCCUUUUAUUUCGCUAUUAGAACGGGGUUAUAUUUGGGAUAAACUAUGACGGACUUUAUGGGCGUUUUUGUCGGCAGCUCCCCUUUUCUCAUUUCCGAUUUAAAUUCCUCUACUCAUUUCUUAUAUUAUAUUGCUUGUCCCAUCUUUUCUUUUUCUUUCUAGGAGUUGUUCAUAGAGGACCCUAGAGGUCAUUGUUUAUUAGUAUACAGCAUCGACACCCGCCAAGUAUUGUUUAUUCACACAGGAAA